ACGCUGUUGCUUGCACACUGUACACACGCCACACAACUCGCUCGCUCGUCGGCAUCCAAUCAACCAAUCCAAUCCGCAUUGAUGCCCUGACCAUCGAGACCGCCCAACUAGUCCUCCGAUCGACCACCGUACCGCGGUUGGCUGCGGGUCGCCAUCUCGCCUCUCACGUGCUGUCGUGUCUGCUGCUCAUUGAUCGCCACCACAGCCCAAUCCAAGAUCUAGCGACCUCGAUCCCCCAAAAUGCACAACCACACAUGCAUCUUCUACAACAAACCCAGGUGUGCUUCGGCAGUAAACAUUCGGUUCUUGGUUAGCCUCCAUUGCCAUUGCUCUCUGCUCGAUCUCUAGCAGACUCGGAUCCAUUGGCAAGCAUGGAGCAGCUCACGUACUACCUGCUGGCGCUCCUUCUCCCUCUCCUGCUUCUCAAGCUCAUCGCGAGGCGCGACGGCAAUGGCAUGAGGCUGCCGCCGGGCCCGUGGCAGCUGCCGGUCAUCGGCAGCCUCCACCACCUGCUCGGCAGCCCGCUGCCGCACCGCGCCAUGGCCCGCAUCGCGCGCCGCCUCGGCGCGCCGCCGUUCAUCUACCUCCGGCUCGGGGAGGUCCCCGUGGUCGUGGCGUCGUCCCCGGCCGCCGCCCGCGAGGUCAUGAAGACGCACGACGCCCGCUUCGCCACGCGCCCGUGGACGCCCACGACGAGGGUCCUCGUGGAGGCCGGAGAAGGCCUGGUGUUCGCGCGCUACGGCGCGCUGUGGCGGCAGCUCCGCAGGAUCAGCGUCCUGGAGCUGCUCAGCGCCCGCCGCGUCCACUCGUUCCGCGCCGUCCGGGAGGAGGAGGCCCGCCGCCUCGUGGCCGCCGUCGCCGCCGCCGCGGCCGGCGAGGGCGGCGGCGCCGUCAACGUCAGCAAGCGGAUCGCCGUGGUCGUCACGGACACGGCCGUGCGCGCCAUAAUCGGCGACCGGUUCGAGAGGCGGGAGGAGUUCCUGGCGAACCUCGCGGAGGGGGUCAAGAUCACCUCCGGGUUCAACCUCUGCGACCUGUUCCCGUCGUCGAUGCUCGUCAGGCUUGUCAGCGGCACGGAACGCCGAGCGCGGGAAACUCACCGCCGGCACUUCGAGCUCAUGGACCUCGCCAUCAAGCAGCACGAGCAGCGGAGGGCGGCGGCCAUGGCACAAUCUGCAGAUGGCACCGUGGAAAAGGAGGAGGACCUGAUCGACGUGCUCCUUAGGAUUCAGAGGGAAGGCGGCCUCGAGGUGCCGCUCACCAUGGGUAUGAUCAAGACCGUCAUCCUUGAUAUGUUCGGUGCCGGGAGCGAGACAUCAGCAAACACACUCCAAUGGGCGAUGUCAGAGCUCGCAAGAAACCCAGAGGUGAUGCACAAGGCGCAAGCCGAGGUGCGUGAGAAGCUUCAAGGCAAGCCAAUGGUGGCCGAAGAUGACCUUGCCGACCUGAGGUACACGAAGCUCAUCAUCAAGGAGACCCUGAGGCUGCACCCGGCGGUGCCGCUGCUGGUGCCAAGGGAGUGCCGGGAGUCCUGCAAGGUCAUGGGGUACGACGUCCCCAGGGGAACCACCGUGUUCGUCAACGUCUGGGCGAUCAGCAGGGACCCCGGGCACUGGGGUGCCGACGCCGCGGCGUUCCGGCCGGAGCGGUUCGAGGCCGGCACGGCGGCCGACUUCAAGGGCACCGACUUCGAGUUCACGCCGUUCGGGGCCGGCCGGAGGAUGUGCCCCGGCAUGGCGUUCGCGCAGGCGAGCAUGGAGCUCGCCCUCGCCGUGCUCCUCUACCAUUUCGACUGGGAGAUGCCGGGUGGGAUGCUGCCGGGGGAGCUGGACAUGACGGAGGAGAUGGGCAUCGCCGUCCGGAGGAAGAACGACCUUUACCUGCGUCCGGUUGUCCGUGUGCCGCCGCAUGUAACACCAUAGAAGAACUUCUCGUCAUGGUGAGGUCCUCGCUCUUGUGCCGGACCGAGGAGAUCUAGGCGCUUAUUUGUAAAUAAGCAGGAGUCUUUAUGCAAAAUAUUGGAUCUCUAUUAUUAGUGCCAAUCCAAAGUAUGGAUGUUUUUAUAAAAUAUGGAGCUAGUAUUUACACAAAACACUCUAGUUUGGAUCAUGUUAAUGGCCGCGAUCCAAACCAGGGGUCUUAGUGGAAAAGUUUGAUAAGGUAUUUUUUUUGAUAAGGUAAUUUUAUAAACCA